CUGUCUCCCAGGCUGUUUUCCCAUGUAGACGACCCCUUCCUGGACGACCCCCUGCCCAGGGAGUUCGUCCUCUACCUGCGGCCCAGCGGGCCUCUACAGAACCAGCUCUCCCACUUCUGGCAGCAGAGCCGGGUCACCUGUGGCAAAAACAAGGCCCACAACAUCUUCCCACAUAUCACGCUCUGCCAAUUCUUCAUGUGCGCAGACAACAAAGCGGAUGCCCUCUGCGAGGCCCUCCAGGCCACCGUACAGAAGUGGCGGGGUCGAUUUCCAAGCCCACUGCCUCUGGAGCUCUACACAUCUUCAAACUUCAUCGGUCUCUUCGUGGAGGAGCAGGUGGCUGACGUCCUCAAGCAGUUUGCAGCCGAUUUUGCCACGGAGGCCACCCGGAAGGCCGAGGUCCAUGUGGAGCCACACAAGAAGCAGCUCCAUGUGACUCUGGCGUACAACUUCCCCUCCGAUCACCUCCCCUCCCUGGAGAAGCUGGCCAAGGGCAUCGAGGUGAAGCUGGGCUGCGAUUGGCUGGUCGUGCUGUUCUCCCGGGACAUUCGUUUCGCCAACCACGAGACCCUGCGGGUGAUGUACCCCUACGUCCCGCAGAACGACGACGAGCUGGAGCUGGUCCCCGGCGAUUACGUCUUCAUGUCCCCGAUGGAUCAGAGCAGCACCAGCGAGGGCUGGGUGUACGGCACCUCGCUGGCCACCGGGCUCUCCGGCCUGCUGCCGGAGAACUACAUCGGCCUGGCCGACGAGUCCGACACCUGGAUCUUUCACGGCUCCCACUCAUUCUUCAGUUGCGAGCCCGGUGACAAGAGCGGGAAAGAGAAAGGGAUGUUCGACGGCCUGCUGGACAGCCGCCGCCCGGACAACUCCAACCCCGGAGACACGCCCGCCUUCAGCCUCAUUUGCCAUCCAAUGCAGGUGGUCUGGUGUCCUUUCUUUCAGGUCCUGCGGCUCGGCGCCGCACGGCAGCCGAAGCGCACGCUGUUCGUCUGCCGCCACGGCGAGAGGAUGGAUGUGGUCUUCGGCAAACACUGGCUCUCCCUCUGCUCAGACAGUAAAGGUAAAUACGUCCGCUCCAACCUGAACAUGCCCUCCAGUUUGCCUCUGUGGGGAGGACAGAAAGACUACGACAUGGACGCUCCGAUCACCGUGUUCGGGUCCACUCAGGCCCAGCUCGUGGGUGAGGCUCUGCUGGAGAGCCAUUCAUCCAUAGACUACGUGUACUGCUCCCCCUCCCUGCGAUGCGUCCAGACGGCGCAGAACAUUCUGAAAGGGAUGCAGCAGGACGCCAAGCUGAAGAUGCGCGUGGAGCCAGGUCUCUUCGAGUGGACCAAGUGGGUCUCUGGGAACUCCUUGCCCGCCUGGACAUCCCCCAGCGACCUGGCGGCCGCCCACUUCAGCGUGGACACCACGUACAGACCCCUGAUCCCAGUCUCCAAACUCACCGCGUCCGAGUCCUACGAGAGCUACAUCAGCCGGAGCUAUCAGGUGACCAAAGACAUUCUGUCGGACUGCAGAACCACCGGAAACAACGUGCUGAUUGUGGCCCACGCGUCUUCCUUAGAGGCCUGCACACGCCAGCUGCAGGGCCGCAGCCCCCAGAGCGCCAAGGACUUUGUCCAAGUGGUCAGAAAGAUUCCCUACUUGGGCUUCUGCGCCUGUGAGGAGCAGGGAGAAACGGGGACGUGGCAGUUGGUGGACCCCCCCAUCUUGCCCCUAACACACGGACCCAACCACAGCUUCGACUGGAGGGAAACACUCCUGCAAGAAUGA